UUGUCAUUACUGAAGGUCCUCCCAGUUUUCAGUUGUGCCCCCACAGCACCAGAAAAAAAACAAACAGAUCUUGAACCAGAUGACUGUGCAUCCAUAUACAUCUUUAAUGUAGACCAGCCAUCAUCAUCUGUAAAUCAGCCAAUUUGUAUCCCUUGCCAUGGAUUGCAACCACACACCUCUCCUCUGUCCCCACCUGCCAGAUUACAAGGUCAUAAAAACUAUGAAGGGACUUGCGAGGUACCAGAAUCCAAAUACAGCCCACUAGGUGGACCCAAACCAUUUGAGUGCCCUAGUAUUCAAAUUACAUCUAUAUCUCCUAAUUGUCAUCAAGGAAUUGAAGCCAGCGAGGAUGACUUGCACACAAAUGGCACAGAAAAUGAAUAUAUGGAAAGGCCUUCAAGGGACCACCUAUAUCUUCCCCUUGAGCCAUCAUACAGGGAAUCAUCCCUUAGUCCAAGCCCUGCCAGCAGCAUUUCCUCCAGGAGCUGGUUCUCAGAUGCUUCCUCUUGUGAAUCCAUUUCUCAUGUUUAUGAUGAUGUAGACUCUGAGCUUAAUGAAGCUGCUGCUAGAUUUACCCUCGGAUCUCCUUUGGCAUCUCCUGGCGGUUCUCCAAGAGGUCCAGGGGAUGACACUUGGCAACAGCCUUAUGGAUUUGGGCAUGCCUUAUCACCUAGACAGUCUCCUUGUCAUUCUCCUAGAACUAGUAUUACAGAUGAAAACUGGCUAAGCCCAAGACCACCAUCAAGGCCCUCUUCAAGACCUACAUCCCCCUGUGGGAAGCGGCGACACUCCAGUGCCGAGAUUUGUUAUGCUGGUUCUCUGUCUCCCCAUCAUUCUCCAACUCCAUCACCUGGCCACUCUCCCAGGGGAAGUAUAACAGAAGAUACAUGGCUAAAUACUUCUCUUCAUAGUGUACAAGGUCUUAAUUCUGGCCUGUCACCAUUUCAGUGUUGUACAGAGACUGACAUCCCUCUUAAAACAAGAAAGACCUCUGAGGAUCAAACUGCCACUUUAUCAGGAAAAAUAGACCUCUGUUCUGAAGAACAGGGUAGUUUAUCACCAUCCCUUGAAACUGCAGUGGAUGAUUGCUCAGGAUCGCAACACGUGUUAAAAAAGGAUUUGCCUACUGACCAAUUCCUCUCUGUUCCUUCGCACUUUACUUGGAACAAACCAAAGCCUGGCCAUACUCCUAUUUUUCGUACAUCUUCAUUGCCACCACUAGACUGGCCUUUACCAAGUCGUUAUGAACAAUGUGAGCUGAAAAUAGAAGUGCAGCCUAAAACUCACCAUAGGGCUCAUUAUGAAACUGAAGGCAGUAGAGGAGCAGUAAAAGCAUCCACAGGUGGACACCCUGUCGUGAAGCUCCUGGGCUACAACGAAAAACAAGUAAACCUACAGAUGUUCAUUGGCACAGCAGAUGAUCGCUACUUACGACCUCAUGCAUUCUACCAGGUGCACCGAAUCACUGGGAAAACAGUUGCUACUGCUAGCCAAGAGAUAAUAAUUGCCAGCACAAAAGUUUUGGAAAUUCCACUUCUUCCUGAAAAUAAAAUGUCGGCUAGUAUUGAUUGUGCAGGUAUUUUGAAACUUCGCAAUUCAGAUAUAGAGCUCCGUAAAGGAGAGACAGAUAUUGGAAGAAAGAACACCAGAGUGCGUCUUGUGUUUCGAGUUCACAUCCCACAGACUGGUGGAAAAGUCUUGUGUCUACAAACCGCUUCCAUACCUGUUGAAUGCUCUCAGCGAUCUGCUCAAGAACUUCCUCAGAUUGAAAAAUACAGCAUCAACAGUUGUUCUGUAAAUGGAGGCCAAGAAAUGGUUGUGACUGGAUCUAAUUUUCUCCCAGAAUCAAAAAUCAUAUUUUUUGAAAAAGGACAAGAUGGUCGACCUCAGUGGGAGGUAGAAGGGAAAAUAAUUAGGGGAAAGUGUCAAGGGACUAACAUUGUUCUUGACGUUCCUCCAUACCAUAACAAAGCCAUUACAGCUGCAGUCCAGGUGCAGUUUUAUCUUUGCAAUGGCAAGAGGAAAAAAAGCCAGUCUCAACGAUUUAAUUACACACCAGUUGUAAUGAAACAAGAGCACAGAGAUGAGAUGGAUUUGUCUGCCGUUCCAUCUUUGACCCUGCCUCAUACUGGUAGCGUUCAGGGCCUACAUUCUGUCCGAACUCAGCUGCCUUCAUCAGAUCCAGGGCACCCACAUGAUAGUUUACUGUCUACGUCACCCAGGAGCCUUGUGUGUCCUGUUCAGCAGCCAUAUACAUCCAUGGUGACCUCAGCAGUUCCCCAUCUGUCUCACAUUCAAGGUAGAACCAUCAGUCCAGGUGAAGAGUGUCAUGUUUUGCCUCCUGCUGUGGUUCAGUCUUUUCAAGUAACAUCAGCACCUCCAGUGAGGCCUUCUUACCAGCCUAUGCAAACUAAUGUUAUAUAUAAUGGACAAUCUGGUCUUCCCAUGAACUCUGCUUCUAGCCAAGGAUUUGAUGCUAUUUCAUUUCAACAAGAUGCAGCUAUACCUCAUUUGAUAAAUCUUAGCUGCCAGCCUCUGACACCCAUGCAGUUCCAUUCUUCAAAUCCAGGGUCAGUGGCAACUUCAACUACAGCAGGACAUUCUUUGGCACACCCAGCUCAUUCAGGACCAUCAUCCCCUCAUCUGCAGUCAAUGGGAUACCAUUGUCCAAACACUGGACAAGCUUCUGUCUCCUCAACAAUGAACCGGAGCCUUGGACAACCUUCCUCUCAGCUGCAGCAAGUCACAUACCAUUCAUCAAACCCAGGGUCUGCUUCAUCACCAUCCCCAACAACUUCCCAUCCUUUGGUCCAUUCACCACUGUCUGGACCAUCUUCUCCACAGCUACAGUCUAUGCCUUAUCAGUCUCCUAGCUCAGGACCUGCACCAUCACCACCUCCAACAGCUGUAAGUCACUCUGGACAACAUUCUCCUCAAGCACAUAGUCCAGGAUUGGGAGGUCUUAAUGCAACUUCUUCAUUAGUACAUCACAGUGUAUGCGAUUCAUCUCCAUUUUCAUCAGAUGCGGCAGCUAUUAACAUCAAACCAGAACCUGAAGAUAGAGAGUUAAAUUUUCAAACAAUAGGAUUGCAGGACAUCACACUAGAUGACGUGAAUGAGAUCAUAGGAAGAGAUAUGUCACAGAUCUCCGUGACGCAUGGAGCAACAGUGGCCAGCCAAUCUCCACAUGUAUGCCCUGGAUCUCUGGAGACAGAAAUAUUGGAUGAAGUCCAAUAGUGGAUAAGCUUACAACUAAACACCUAAGGAAUUCUGCAGUUUUCUCUGAAAAAAAUCUUUAUCCCCCUUUCUUACACUUUUACUGUGCUUCCAACUCUGUGGCCUUUAUGAACUGGAACAGCAGAUCCUUGCAUAGCCCUUUUAGUGGGUUACACUUUUAAUGUGGAGUGAGAGCAUUUUUAAUUCUAGUUCCUCAGAUGCUGUAAAAAGUGACUUGGUGAAUGGACAUAAAGAAGCAAUGAGAUGUUUUAACUGUUUAAACAUUAAAUGCAAGCUUUGCUUUUUUGCAUUUGAAUAUAGAGUUCUUUUAUAUUGUAAGUGCUUCAAAAGUGUGGAGAUGUUAGAUUUGCUCUUAUAAUAUUCACAGUACUGAAUGUGAAAAAAAGAUUUAAUACGCAUCUUCAGUGUGCUGCUUUCCCUUAGAAAAGGUAGUAUAGUUGUAAUUGAUGAUUUGUACACCUUUUAGUCAUUUUGGAAAGCCUUUAAGCUUAUAUUGUUUAACAGAUAAUUUUUUACAAUGAAAUCUUCCAGAGGCAAAACAUAAUAGUCAUCCUAAGCCAAUGCCUUGGAAGCCAUUCUGUAUAAAAUACUUUAUAGUUUUCUUUCUUAGAUUCAUAGGAAGCAAAGCCAAAUGUAGAUCUGCACUUCUUUAUAAAAUGAAAAUGUAAUUUGAUAGGCUACAAAGAAACCAUUCCAUCAUGGAAGUGUUCGGGACAGAAAUGACAUUCCAAAAAUUUAUCUUUUAUAACUUUAUGGAUAAUCUUCCUGUGCUUUGUUAGCACAGACUUCUUACUGAAAUACCGUUUUUCAUAGAAAUGUUAUAUUUGUAAUGAGAGUUGAGAACUAGAAUUUUAGAGUAAAGAACGUUAAUGUCAAAGCCAUGUUAGAAGAGGGUAAAUUUUUCAUAUGUGAAGACAAUUUAGGUGUCUGUUAUCCCUAUGGAAUAUUGUUUUAAGAUCAGUGUUCAAUGGCAGUAGUUUUCCAUGCGCCAGGUAACUUGCUCACAUUCAUAUUUUAUAUGCUGUCUAAACAAUGCCACUUUGAAAUGCAGUUGAUUAAAUUAUAUUAUACACUUAAAAUUGGACUGCUAGACACUUGAACUUGCUAAAACAAGUUUGCUGUGCUUUAACAGUAGUACAUAAACUAAUUUGCCCACAUUUAAUGGUAAAUUUGUAAAACAGGACUUACUUCACAGUAAAAUAUGUAACACAGUGUCUUGUGGCAUUAAUCUUACAGAUCAUGUGAAAGGAUGCAUUUCCCUCAUGUACUUACUUAAUCUGAUAGUACUGUUUACACUAUACAGUUCUUAAAAUCUUGGGCCCCUAUGAUUAGAAACCUAGGCAAGGACCCAUAACUGCCUACUUAGGCCACAUUAUGUAUUUCCCAAGAGGUCAUAGUUUACAGACCUUUCCAAUGGAACAUACAGGGUGUACAAAAAGUAAGUCAUAUAUAUAUAUAUAUAUAUAUAUAUAUAUAUCUCAAAAUAAGCUCCAAAGUACACUGUACUUCAGAUUAUUUUUAAUUUAUAGGACAUUUUUAGUUCCUCAGUUGAAUGAACCUUAUGUUCAAGUGAAAAAAAGCAGCAAAUACAUUUGGCCUUAAUUAUCCAAAUAUAGGGAGGGAAGGGGGAAUCAUGCUGAAAUUAGUUCAGGUAUUUCAGGGAAUUUUCAAUAAAUUUAAUGUAGGUAGACAUGUCUCCUCUAUGUCUCACUUUUAGAGAAAUUAAUCUACCAGCUCAAGUUUUGACAUUUUACUUAUCUGAUUUUAUAGAAAUGCAGUAAAACACAAAAGAAAAAGCCUUAAAUUAACAUCAUUAUUGAGGUCAUUGUGAAGCCAUUAAAGUAAAUAUCCAUUUUGUGAUACCUAUGUGUUGACAAAGCAGCCUAGGGAAAUUUUACAUGGACCCUCUUGUAAAUGAAUCAUCAAUUUAUUCACAUGAAUGUGAAUAUAAUAUCCUAGCAAAACUGUUAAACUAGAAAUACCAUGCCUUUAUAUUUGUUGGAUCAUGGACCUUUAGAAGACCUACAUUUUAAGUGGAUAAAAUUGAAAUUUUCUUCCAUGAAUUACUGUGUUUAAACAAAUUAGUGGCUUUUAAAAAUUCAACAAAGGGUCAUUGUGUUGGGUGCUCAGAACUUUAAAAUUUGAAAUAAGUUUAUGCAAGGCCACUUUACUUGUACAUACAUUUCUGAAAAACUGUACUCUGGGAAACUAAGCAUCCUUUCAGUGAACGUACUGUAAAAAUAUAUAAAUCUCAAAAUCCAAAUAAGUUCUUUUUGGCAGUUCUUUAAAGGGUGAUAUUAAAACUAUCCCUCACUGGUGCUUCUUUACUCUGUCCUCUACUCACAUUAAGUUUAAAUAUCCUAAAAAGGGUUGAAGUGUUCAGAAAUACAGCUAGUUAUGUUUUUAUAACACUUUUUGAAACACUGUAAGCUGUGUAACUGUCUUUAGACUGUGUGCUGGUGGCAAGGUGUGUUCCAGUUUUCAUUAAUGUACCAGAUCUUCUGCAUUAAUCAAUAUUUUAGGGGAAUUCUUACUUAUGAGCUGUCCAUAAGUGUGGGUUUUGUGCUCCUUACUGACUGGUACAGCCUCUUCUCCUUGCAAGUCCUGUUAGUGAGUAGCUGAAAUUCAUAUUGUACCUAAAAUAUGGGAGCCCAUACAAUCCAGAGUUGCUAUGCACUAAAUCUUCUGAUGCCUUUAAAUACCUUGAUGCCUGUAGACAUAGAAAUGCUUUCCUAUUUAAAAAAAUAAAAAUAUAGCUUUGGUUACUAAAGCAGUUUUGUAUUUGCCUUGUAAAAGCUUCAAUACAAGGGUCUUAAUUUUUUUGGCUUGUGUGAUACUAUAGAUAAAGACUGUUAAUCUUGAGUAAUGUAGUGGUAUAAAAGCACACAAUCUCCAUUGGACUAUGCAAAUUUAAAUUUAUAACAGUACCCUGUAAUUUGAUAUUUUGUUGGCAUCCACUUUCUUGUCCAUCUUUUUCCCCCUGCCAUAACCACCUCCAAAACUCUGCUUUCCAGUUUGAUUUUUAGAUAUUAAAUCAAGGAAAGCCUCAUUGAUAAAAUUGCUUUUUUCUACAAAGAAGGUGGAGGAUCAAUGUUAGGAAUACAAAUCAAAGAAUGGUAUUUAGCACAUUAAAUAUGAUCUAUGAAUAAGUACCAUUUCUGAAAUUAACCUUAAAACUGGCAAUCAAUCAGACUUCCUCUAUUAAACCUUUCAUUAUAUCAGUGGAACUGCCAUUCUUUUUAAAACCAAAGAUUGAAGAGAUAAAAUGACAGCUUGUUCUGAUGCAAACAAUGCUUUGAAACUCUAUUUUUGAUACACAUAAUGGGUGUCAUUCCUUGAAGUUUGGAAAUCAUUCAGCAAAUUGAAGUUUUAUAUUUAAAAAUAUGGGACAAUAAAGAUUAAGUUCUAGAUGUUUACAGAGCCUUGUAUUGUAAUUUCAUGUACAUUUUGUAUUUUAAACAUUUUUGUAAGUUAUGAUUGCAGUGCUACUUGCAGAAAUACAAAGGGAAGAACUUGCAUUUUAGCCUCUUGAAUCAUAGUGUUGAAAUAAAUGAUAAAAUGCAAAAAAUGUGUUAUUUUUUU